AAUUCACUGAGCCGGUCAUGAGUCUAACUGCAGACGGGGCGCUUCUUGAAUCUACGCAGGCCGAUCUCUCGAAUUAUCAUCGGCCUAGUAGGCGUGCUGUGUCCGGGCCCGAAAGAAUUCCAAGGCCAAAUAACUCAGCGGGUGAGCAAUGCUUUUGGAAAGAGACAAAUAAAUCGGCACGAAGCGCACACCGGCACGUGGACCCAGACGAAAGACCAUUGUCCAUCCUGAAAUGGAAAGCUGAUCGGAUUAUCGACCAAGUUCUUUCCAUGUAUCAAUUUAGCGUACAAUUGGAGAUCGUUGAGGAAGAUCCAGCCAUCGUUGAUAUUAUGGAGAGAGUUCGAGCACGGUUUCAAGAAUUACGGCCAUUUCACCUGUCUGUGGAGGAAGAAUAGUCCAAGAUGCACUCAUGGCCAGUAGCGUCUAUCAUCCCUCCAUUGCAAUGAUACAAUCUUACCUGGUG